AUAGUUGACGAAAAUGAGGCGAUGGAAGAAACCAGUUCUCGAUAUUUCAUAUCCUCCGAGAAGGUCCAUCAAUUAUUGGACAUGCUCAAUGCAGAAUGCUGCUCGUCCAUCGACGAAUUGCUGAAAUGCACUUGGCCGUCGUCCAGAGAUUCAACACGAGCCAUUGUACUGUUGGUUUUCGUUGUUACUACAGGCAUCUUCUUUACGAGCAGUAUUCGAUUCGGCAAAAACCGACGCAGUGCCGUUGAUCGCUCUGACGAGAUUUUUGCUCCCGGUCUGCAGAGCCGGGAGGAUUUCGGAAGAGCUUUCAUGCCAUUUCUUCCUCGCCGAAAUUCGUUCAACUUCUCUGAAGCGGUAGAUGCUUUGGAAUUCAUGGAUCGGAUCUCGGCCAGAUCUAAAUCGGCUACUGUUGUAAGGGAAUUCAAUGGAGGGUGA